AUGGUAGCUCUCGAAACAGGAUUCAAAUCUUCUGAGAACUCCAACCAGAUCAAUGACUCGAGUAAGGAAAGGAUGCAAAGCAGUUGUAGCACUCGUAUGCAUGUUCCCAUUCUAAAUAGGGGGUAUAAUCAAGUGCUCAUUGCGGGAUUAGUAUGCUUCUGUUGUCCGGGAUUCUUCAACGCUUUACAAGGUUUAGGUGGAGCUGGUAACGCGAAUCCAUCUGCUAACGAUCCCGCCAACAUCGCUCUCUAUGCCUGCUUUGCUGUCUUCGGCUACUUUGGAGGUUUCUUUUUCAACUUGUUUGGCCCACGCCUCUUGAUGAGUCUUGGAGGUUUAACCUACGCCUUCUAUGCAGCAGCUGCAUACAUCUCUGGUCAUAUUGUUGGUACUGGUUGGCUAUUUAUCCUUGCUGGAGCUGUUCUUGGAAUGGGCGCGGGUUGGCUUUGGACCGCACAAGGUGCGCUUAUAUUGGCUUAUGCUCCGCAGAAUCGUAAAGGACACUAUAUUGCAAUAUUCUGGGUUAUCUUCAACUUGGGUGGUUUCGUUGGUGGUAUACUACAGCUUGCAAUAAACUUCGACACGGAGUCUAAUACGGCCAGUGCUGCUUCCUACUUCGUCUUCAUAGCUGUGAUGAUUCUGGGAUCCCUAACAGCCUUGGUGUUGCUACGAAGUCCAUCGAAAGUCAUUCUGGAGGAUGGUACUCGUGCCGUUAUUGCUCCACAGAAGACAGUCAGGCAAGAAUUCGCUGAUACGGCCUCAGUUAUUCUUGAUAAGAACAUGCUUAUGCUAUUAAUUCUUUUUUUCGGCUCCAACUUUUUCUAUACUUACGUAUUCAAUGGUGUUAAUGGUGUAAUAUUCACAGUCAGAACUCGUGGUCUGAACUCGGCUCUUUAUUGGCUAUCCCAAAUGGUCGGUGCAUGGACAUGUGGUCUGUUGUUAGAUAACGCAAGGAUGACACUUAGAGUUCGCGGUAUCGCAGGCUUCUGGUUUGUAUUUGUAUUGUUCAACAUUGUUUACGGCUUUGGCUGCUUUCUCCAGUAUGGAUACAGAGGCGGAUAUGAUCGUUACAAGAAUAUUAUAGACGAGGCUCACAGGAUAGACCUCGCUCAAAGCGCCUACUGGUAUCCGUGUAUCGUGCUUAUCCUCUAUGGAUUUGGUGAUUCCAUAGUGCAAACAUAUGCUUACUGGAUAAUGGGUGCUAUAUCGUUCAACAACGCCACAUUAGCUGCGAAGUAUAUUGGUUUCUACAAGGGGAUCCAAUCUCUAGGAGCAGCUAUAGCUUGGAUGAUCGAUCUCCCCGAACUAAAAGUAUCAUAUGUCAUACAGUUCUGGAUAUGUUGGGGGUUAUUCCUUCUCGGUAUGCCGACUACCUGGCUUGUGGCAAAUAGAAUUGGUAUACCACCGUCGUCUGAAGCUGUACACAGGGGGAAGUUGUGA